AUGUCUGAACAUCACCAAAUCUACUCCGCUAUUGACUCUCUCUUCGCAAACCCUUCCGGUGUACACGAGAGAAAGAAUUUACAUUCAUUUGUGAAAGCUGAUAAAGAAAAAGUGGCUUUGGCAUACAGGUAUUGCCUGGAUGAAUAUUCAAGUAAAUUGGAAAAUGCUUUUGAUGAUGAGGCUAAAUCUUCAGUGUGCUAUAGUGCUUCAAUGAUUGCACUGAUUUGUUUGGCUACUCUCAAAAAGACUGAUCUUUCAACUAUAGAUGACUUUUUUGAAGUUGUAAAUACUAAAGGCUUAUAUAUUUGUGUAGAAGGAUGCAUCCGAGAAAAAAACACCAAGUACAUCAAAUUAUUGAAAUCAUAUUUAACCACACUACAAACAAUCCCGAAGGAAGGAAAGUAUGCACGAUCAAUGGAAAAUAUUUACGAAGUCCAUCAACUUGUUAUGAAUUUCUUUGCAGAAAUGGAGAGUAAUAAUAGCAAUGGAGCCUCUUCCUCGGAUAUGGAUAUCUAUAAGGAAGUUGAAUUGUCAGUUGUGGCUUAUACGGAGUUUCUAAUGUCCGUUUUUACGGAAGACUCGUUUGCAAGUGCAGACGAUAAUUUUACAUUCAAAUAUCUAUUAAUGUGUAAAAGCCUAUUUCAACAAGGACUAACCAACGACAAAUACAUGGGUGCAUUUAUUCAUCUAUUCGUCCAUUUGCGCUCAGCAGUUUUACUGAUUCAGAAUUACACAGAAAAAAGAAGGAAGCAAAAGUCAGCAGAGAUAAAAUUGGACAUUUUGAGAGAUGUCAUAGCAGAAAUUUGUGAUUCUCUACAAACUAAGAACAACACAACAAGAAAAGGAAUACAAUUAUUGGUUAACAUAGUUGAUGCAUAUUUACCAUUAUUGGAUGAUCAAAAGGAAUUAAUUCUUAGGUCCAUUGUUGUAUCAAAAACCAAAAUAUUAUUCAUGCCUAGAAAAUUUAACACAGUACAGGGAACAAUUGAAAAAUGCGACCAACUAUUUCUAGCGAUACCUUUCGAUGAAAAUACUUUGGAGAACAAUCUAAUAAUCAAAUCAACCACUACGGAUCCAGACGUGCUACAUGCUACCUCGAAAACGACUCUUCUUACUGUAUAUUUGAAAAAUUGUAAAGAAAAUAGCCCAGUAGUGAACAAAUUUAUGGAAUUCCUAAUCAAGCAAGUCAAAUUUUGCGAUUCAGUGCUCUUGAAUGAUACAGUGGAUGGAAUGCCUCUGUAUCAUCAAAUAUUUAUGUCCAUCAGUGAGGUUUUAAUGAAAAAUAAGCAAUCCAAUAUGUUUUCAGAGGUACAGCUCGUACUAUGGAGAGAACUUUUUGAUAUAUCAAAUCCAGAUAUAACACGAGAUUUAUGUAUGGAUAUUCUAGCCUUUCUAUUUAAUAAUAACUUUGGAUUUCAGCAGUAUUAUCUAGAGCUGUUACGAGAGCUCGUUCAAACUUUGUCAUCCAAUUUAUUUUUGAGCCCUCCAGAGCUAAGGAUAACAGAUACCUCUAAUCAAGACGACGUCGAGUUUGAAUGGUUGAUCGUAGAAAAAGUAUUGAGGCCUUUUAUUCACAAAUUAGACAUUAGAGAUAUUGGAAGCCUUAUUGACUUGUCACAUGACUGUCUGUCAGAUGAAAGAAUUAGCCAAGCAGCACUUUUGCCUAUUAACAUAUUAAGCCAACACUUUGAUACUCUAUUUGGAAAAGGAGGAAAAAUUUUAUCCCAUUGUGCUCGCAAGAUUAAGCUUUCAUUUCAGCCUAUUACUGUGGCAUAUGCCGCACUGCUGAGGAGUUUCUUGACAUUCAGGACUGUUCCUUUUGAGCAAGGCAAUAAUUUAAUUUCCGUACUUUUACUUUCACAGAAAAAUCUCUCAGAUGUAGCCUUGUCGGAUAGAUACAUUGAAGAGGCAAUUCUUGCAGUAGUACAUAUUCUUCGCAAGUUUGAAAAUAAUCCUUCUCAUGUGGAUCAAUUAAUAGCAAUUAUUGAUUGUUUGAGACAAUAUUGGCCAAAAUCUGAAAGGAUCAGAAUGUGUGUUUCCUUCCUAAUUGAUUCCGUUUCUGACAAGUGUCAUGGUACUGUUGUCGCAGGACUGCUGACAUGUUUGCAAACAUUUUUUGGAGUGGCACUGUCAUCGUCUGAAAGCAUUUCUCAAGUCCUAUUGAUACAUGCCAUAAUCAACUUUAUUUUAACCAAUCCUCUGACAGCAGACUCUAUACUGACGUCCUUACGCCCAGAUGUGAAAUCUGUCGUGGAAAACAUUCGAUCAUUAAUUGAUCAAGAACAGAUCAAAGGAAGCUCAAUCUUAUCUGAACAAUGCUCACUUGAUGUACAGAAUGAGAAAUCAAAACAAGCCAUGUCAAGAAAAAGACAAACAAUGGCCUACACGACAUCACUCCAAAAAGUGAAACCAAAUAUUAAGACUAUCCAAACAGUUAGUAUUGUUGACCAAGUUGCAGAGGUACAAAAAGCCCUCAAUGAUUUGCUUGAAGCCAACAGCGCAUCACCAUCUGAAGCAUCAUCUUCAACCUUAUUACAACAAUUAGAACCUCGUUUGAAAAGCAUUAGUGAAAUUACUGGCAAAUUGUUCAAUUUCAAAUAA